UGUACCAUUUCAAAACAGACUACACAUUGAUUCCAAGGGUAUUACUCGUCUAAACCAAUUCAGGUUGGCGUAACUAAAUUGAUCAUAAGAAAGAAACUCUUUUUUACUUUUCAAUCCUUCUCUUCUAGUCUCUUCUCUUUCCAACCUUCCUCAUCACGCUAUAUAUCCACGAUAAUACCCACUCCCAUCAACCAUUCUUUUCACACUGCAUUUUAUUUUCUGUUAGUUUCAUUACACGUAUCACGUGAUUACAAAAAACUCGGUUGAGUUGAGAUGGUUAAAACUCCUAGAAAAUUUAUGAAUCCUUUUAGUAAAUCCAUUUCCGAUACUAAUCGGCGUUUCAUUGUGUUAAUGAUUCCUCUUCUUGCUUUUAUUAUAUUAUUCUCCUUUCUUUUCGACCUUCCUUUUCAGAAAGUUAAGAAUGGCUUUUUCAGCAGCGAUUCUUCAUCAUCACCUUCGAAAGAUGAACUGUUACGAUCGAAAAUUGCAGUGUGUUUGGUAGGUGGUGCUAGAAGGUUCGAAUUAACUGGACCUUCGAUAAUGGAUAUGAUACUGAAAGAAUACCCUAAUUCUGAUCUUUUUUUGCAUAGUCCGUUAGACUCCGAUGCAUUCAAAUUCUCAUUGUUGAAAUCUGCUCCGAGAAUCGCCGCCGUUAAUAUAUUUCAACCUCAACCGUUGCCGGAGAAUGAAACUUUUGUUCGAGUUCUAUCAGCUCAGAACUCGCCUAACGGAAUCCAGGGGCUUAUUCAAUAUUUUGACCUAGUGGAAGGCUGCGUAACAAUGAUAAAAUCACACCAAAUAAAAAACAACAUCAAGUACGAUUGGAUAAUCAGAACACGUGUUGACGGGUACUGGAACGGCCCACUCGGUCCAGAAAAUUUCGUUCCGGGUCAAUACCUGGUCCCAUCCGGUUCAUCCUACGGCGGACUCAAUGACCGGUUCGGUAUAGGUGACCUAACAACUUCAACAAUAGCAUUAUCUCGUCUCUCUCUCAUCCCCAAACUAGAUUCUGCUGGAUUCUCAAAUCUCAAUUCAGAAUCAGCCUUCAAAGCGCAACUCACAACUCAGAAAGUAAGCUACCAAACAAAACGACUCCCAUUUUGCAUAAUUUCGGACCGGAAGUACGACUUUCCACCGACCCGGUUCGGUGUACCGGUUGCAGCAUUGUCGAGCCGCGGUCCGUUGAGUGGAACUAAGUGUAGACCGUGUAAACCGGUUUGUGUAGGUGUGUGCGUGGAGUAUGUGAUGAUGUGGGUUGAGAAGGGAUGGAGUUGGACCGAUUGGGCCGAUGGGUCACUCGAGCUGUGUAAUGCUGAGGAAAGUUGGGAAGAUGGUUGGGAAAAGGUUUUUGAUAAAGUUGCUGGAAAGAAGUUUGGUGAUGCUAGGAAGAAAAUUCACUCUAUGAAUUUUGAUGAUUGUAUUCAUGAUUUCAUUCAGUUGAAAAAUCUCACUGCUCAAUGGAAUGCUCCUCCCAUUGAAGAGAUUUGUGCUUUGGGGUUAACACAUUCUUGAACAAAAUUGAUUUUCCUUUUUUUUAGUAUUCCACGUGUAGUUUAGCGUCUCCGGAAAUCAAAAUUGGCCGAACAUAGAAAACAUAGAAAACAAAGAAUGAAAGAUACACAGUAUAUUGUUUUGGUUUUUUAGGUUAAAAUUUUGAUAUACUGGUGGGUGGUGGCAUCAUAUAGAGAUAUGAAAUGAUGUUGAUAUUAAAUUAGUUUUUAUUUUA